CGUAUCCUUUCUCAACCAACAUGAUGGACGAGAGAUUAAAGGCAGACAUAAGAGAGGUCGACCCUGAGGUGGCCUUCCCAGCUAAUGAGCAGCACGUACAUUCAACAUGGGCCCGUACGUUCCAUUCGCGACCGGAACUCUACGUUCAGCCAGAAACAACCGAGGAAAUCCAGAAGAUCGUCAAGCUCGCGCGACGAAGCAGACGUCGCAUUGUUGUCGUUGGCUGCGGUCACUCUCCGAGCGACAUCACAUGCACAUCAUCAUGGAUGGUCAACCUCGACAAGUACAACCGUGUACUGAACGUCGACAAGGAACGUAAGCGCCUUACAGUCCAAGGUGGCAUCCGUCUGCGCGACCUGAAUCUGGCUGCGAGCAAGCAUGGCCUCACCAUGCCCAACCUCGGAAGUAUUCACGACCAGUCCAUCGUUGGCGCAAUCUCGACAGGCACCCACGGCAGUACCCUCAAGCAUGGCCUCAUGUCCGACUCUGUCAAAUCCAUCCGCAUCGCCCUUUCUGAUGGCAGCAUCUCAUACUGCUCCGCUGAUGAGAACCAAGAUCUGUUCCGCGCCGGUUUGACCUCUCUGGGAGCUCUUGGAAUCAUUACCGAAGUCGAGUUUGAGAUGACAGGUGCAACAAAUAUUGAAUGGGAACAAACAUUGAAACCCCUUGACUGGGUGCUUUCGCGAUGGAACACAGAUUUGUGGACAAACAAGGAGUUUACUCGUGUCUGGUGGUUACCUUACAUGAAAAGAGCCAUUGUCUGGUCUGCUUCCAAGACCGACAAGCCUGAGAGACCUCCCGUUUCCAGCUGGUAUGGCGGCUCUGUUGGUUUCCACACCUACCAGAUUCUGCUGUGGUUCUCCAACUAUGUUCCUCGUAUCCUUCCCGCAAUCGAGUGGUUUGUGUUCGGUAUGCAAUACGGCUUCUCGGAUCACGCUGUCACCAGCGGUAUCGAGCCCCAACGCACUGGUCUCCUGAUGAACUGCUUGUUCUCUCAGUUCGUCAACGAGUGGGCACUCCCUCUUGAGAAGGGUCCUGAAGCCAUUACCCGUCUCUCUGCCUGGAUCAACGGUGAAGAAGGCUCGAACAUUCCUGUCAGCAACAAAGGUCUCUAUGUCCACGCUCCCAUCGAAGUCCGCGUUUCAGACACCUCUCGUGUUCAGCCUCGACCCUGGAUGGAUAACACCAACGCCAACGGACCUACUCUGUACCUCAACGCAACUCUCUACCGCCCCUUCUUGAAGGACCCUCCUUGUCAUGAGCGCUACUACGAAGCCUUCGAGUAUCUCAUGAAGGAACUCGGCGCAAAACCUCAUUGGGCCAAGAACUUCUCCACUGUCACUAACGAUGACAUGCAAAACAUGUUUGGUGACAACCUGACCUCAUUCCUUCGUGUCCGUGACGAGGUUGAUCCUGAUGGUGUUUUCCUCGGCGCUUGGCACCGCCGCUACCUAUUGCCUGCCAACACUCCUCGCUACGCCUGCGAGGAGAAGGAGUUGGCAAGGACUCAAGCCACCGAUGGUGGCAAGAACUGGUUCGGUGAAUUGACCAACAACCCAAGGACUGCAGAUGAGAAGACUGCCUUGCUGUCGUCGACCGAAGGCCCUGAGCAUGAUGAUUUGAAGGACGAGCGUCGCUUCAGAGAGACUUCUGUUGAGAGUCUGUUUGGGACUCAAGUGUUUGAUAAGAUGUAAAUGAUUUUGUACGUCGCCAAGUCACUUGCAUGAGUAUUUUUCGUCAGACGCCUCCGCUUAUUCUAUCCAGUUCGGGGACUGGUUUCAUAAUCUUUGUUCUCCAUGCCAAACUCUUCAUUUUUGAUGAGUAUGUAUGCUAAUCAUUAAACAUGACCACACUCUUUGUUCUCGAAGUUGCAUAUUUUCAGGUGGAGGCAGUUCCGGAAGUCGCGAUUCGGACCAUCGCAUGUUGAUCGUAACUUCCAUAUUCAUACACAUAUUGCGUAACUUGGCUUCCUUGAUGCUUCGAGGACUCCCUCUUUCGACGCACACCAAUGCUUGCGAACCCACACACCUACUGCUCAUUUCCGU